AUGUCUCUUCAGAUUUUCACCAAUCCGUCUCAUGGUUUAGCUCAGGUAUGCUACUCUAACCGGAUAUCGUGUAAGGCCAGACUGAGUCGUGUUCUCGCCACGCCACCGUCUUCAAUCCUCUUGCAUAUGGACGAAAGCAACGAGUCCAAGAAGGGUUUCUGUUUGAGCGAAGAUUCGAAAAAAGGUUUAAAGAGUCUUCCUGCAGAUUCUUUGCCCAGGCAGGGUAACACGGUGGGGAUCAUCGGAGGUGUAUCAACUGAUUCCACACUGAAUUUCGUUAGGAAACUCGAUGAUUGGAGCUCAAAAGACGGCAAAAGCUCAUUACCAUUCGUGCUCUGCUCUGAUCCUGCACUCAACGAGGAGCUUCUCUUAUACGAAGAGAACUCUUAUCCUUCUCUCUACCACAGAGCAGAGAGUAGUACUCCGGUGGAUCCAGAGCAGAUUGUGGAAAAUCUAAGGAACAAGAGGAGAUCUCUUGAGAGAUGUGGAGCUAAACUAAUCUUGAUGCCGUGUCAUAUUGCACAUACAUGGUAUGAGGAGGUUCGUGAAGGGAGUUCGGUUCCUCUGCUUCACAUGGGUGAUUGCAUUGCUAAAGAACUUGAAGAAGCGAAAAUGAAGCCUCUUGAAGCUGGAAGUCCUCUACGUGUUGGAGUUAUGGCCACUAGCGCCACAUUGUCCGCAGGGUUUUACCAAGAGAGACUCCAGAGAAAUGGAUUUGAGGCGGUGCUUCCAGACAAGGCGACGAUGGAGCACACGGUGAUCCCUGCCGUGGAAGCGAUGAAGAGAAAUGACAUGGAAGGAGCAAGGAACCUUCUGAGGAUAGCAUUGCAGGUGCUGCUGGUGCAGGCUGUGAAUGUGGUGGUGCUCGGUUCUGAUGAGAUGCGGGAGCUUUUACCAGGGGAUGAUCCUCUGCUAAAGAAGUGUGUUGAUCCAAUGGAUGCUCUCGCAAGAUCUGCCAUCAAAUGGGCAGAGAGUCGAUGA